AAACGAAUAAUGGUGAAAUAAAAUACACCACAAAUUGUAGAAAAAUAUAUAUAUCUUUUAAAUAAAAUGGGCAAUGGAUUUAGUGUAUUUUGUAAUCAAAUUGAUGUUGAACAAAAGAUAGUUAAAAUAUUACCUAAAAAAGUGAAAUUCAAUCCUAAUAAACAUGAUCAAUGUGUUCAAUAUGCUGAACCAUUGAACAAUGAACACGAUGGUGAUGUGAAUGAUAAUGAAAGUGAUACUAUUAAUGAUGAUCGAUGGAGAAAUGAUGUGAAAGACAGAAUUAAAGGCUUUUAUUAUGAUGAAGAUUAUUUGGAUAAAUAUAACGAUGAUGAAUGUCAUAAUAAAGAGAAAAGACAAAAUGAAUUACAAUAUGGAGGUGAUUUGAGUGUAAAGCAAUCUGAUACCACAUCAGAUAAUAAAGACACCAGUGAAGGAAUUACUCAAGAGGAAACAAAUCAUCACAAUCAAUCAAUAUACACUGAUAAAGAAAUUUGUGAAAAUAAAAUAAACAUUAACGAAGAAAAUCUUCAUUUGAGAAUUUAUGCAUCUAGGUACAAUGUACCAAAUUGCCUUAAAUCUAUAGGAUUUAAUUUAAAUAUACCACCAGAAACCCAUGUAUUUCAAGUACCAAACAUUUCUCUUCAAUCUAUGAAUUCAACAUCAUCAACAGUAUCAACUGUACAAAAUAGUGAACAGUCGGCUGAAGAACUAACAUCACGACCCAAUAAAAUGAAUUCAUCAUCUUGUUUGCAAACUCCAACUGACAAAUUUCAAUUCAAUAGUCCAGAAAAUAUUCAAAUGUCUGAUCUAUACGACAAGUAUUCAUGUCCAGCUGAACAAGUUCAAAAUUGCAACGAACAGCUGAAAUUUGAUAAAGGUGUUCAAUGUCAGAUAUGCUGUAAACAGUCCAUACAUCUGCAGCAAUCGUCCAAGACAAAUCAGCAGUCUGAAGAAGACAAGUUAAAUAACUCUGAGAAACUGUCGGGUAAUGAAAACUCUUAUGGAGUAGAAGUUAACGGAGAUAAAAUAAAGAAGCCAUCGCGUAAAAUUCCAAUUCUAUCGGUUAACAGCGUUGAAAUUAUAGAUUCUACAGACUAUGAUUCGCCUACAUAUUCAGAAACAACCCUAUACGACGAAAAUGUCUUUUCUUUAAAUGAUUCACAAUGUGAUCAGUCUUUUGAUUUGAUACAUAAAGAGAUGUCAUACAAUGAAGUAGUCAAGCAGGAAGAUACAAUCCAGCAGACUGUAAAACCAAUGACAACAAAUCAUGUAACAGAGAGAUGUGGUAGAACAAAUCAAAUCAGAUUGAUAGAUACUCAUAUACACUUUGAAUAUGAAAAUGAAGAUACAACAUCCAUUACUACACAGGAUGUAACUAGUCAGUCAGAAGGACCAAAUAGCAUUGAUAUUACAAAGGAAGGAAAUAUUUGUACACCAACUGUUCAAGAGAAACUAUUAAACUGUUCAAUAAUCAAUGAGAUUGAAUCAACUCAAUCAUUGUACAUUGAUAAGGAAUCCACAAAAUCAUUUCAAUCUUAUUUAUCAGACCACAGUUUAACACACUGUAUUAGUCAACAUGAAAUGCAAAUAGAAGCUGACAAUGGAAUAGAAGAGAAGGAAGCCGAGGAUACACAUUAUCCUGACAGAUCCAUUACAACAGACAGUGAAUAUUUAAUACAGACAAAUGAUCAAGAAACCUUUCAGUCCACUCGACCGACAUAUGUUCAAGUAGUAGAUAGAUUAGGAUAUUGUUUAAAUGGAAGACUUGAGGCUCUUAACAUAAAUGAUACUGAUUAUAUACAAAUAUUACCACCAAUCAAUUAUUUACCUAAAGAUUUAACAAGAAUCAAGCUGUAUAAUCUACUAAAGCAAGGUGAAGUUGAAGACAAAUUAGAGAAAAGUUGUAAAGCAGACAUCAGUGUAUCACAUGAGAAUUUAUUAGACAAAUUAAUAAAUCAUACACCAGCAGAUAAUAAAAAUCAAGUGAUUUCAACUGCCAGAUCAGAAAUCGGUGAUCACAUCCAGUUGUAUCCAAAGAGUGAAGUAAAUUCUUAAUAAUAAUACUUUAUUUUAGGCUGUACUUCACUUUACAAAUCAAGGUCUAUCCCUUAAACGAAUGGUUGACACAUUGAACAAUUUGUAACUUAAUGUGCGAAAAUUGAAAUUUUAAAAGCCAGCAGAGUAAAGAAAUACCUUCAUUUGGUUUAAAUAUUAACGAUUGACAGUCUAAUAAAUGUUUAAAUUACCGUGCAACACCGUUUAUCAUUUCAGAUUUUAUUUGUGGACACUGUCUCGAGAAAUAAUUUGGUUUUCGG